CUACCCAGCUGUGUGUCUAUGAAAAGUGACCAGUCCAAACGAGAACCCAUUGCAUUCAAGGAUGGAGGGCAGGUGGUGGAGCCAAGCCAAGUGAGUCCAGAGAGACCAGACUCACCUGUUCCCAGCUGUGUGUCCAUGAAAAGUGACCAGUCUAAACGAGAACCCAUUGCAUUCAAGGAGCAAGGACAGAUUGAUGAGCCAAGGUAAGAAUUUAAAAGGUCAGAAGUUCUCAGUGCUCGACCUGCUCGGAAAAAUCAGACAAACCUUGACUCCAUAUUCAUGCUGCUUGAAGCAAACAUCAUGACUUUUGUGAAGAAAGAGCUGAGGAAGUUCAAGAAAAUUCUGAUUCAAGAAUGCUCAGAGAGGUUGAGAGCAGAUGAUGAAGUCGUGGGAGAUGAAGAAGAAGACCAGAGCAGCAGCAACAGCGAAGCUUUUCUGAAGAUCAUGGAGCAUUUCCUAAGGAAAAUGAAGCAGGAGCAGCUGGUUGACUCUCUGCAGAGCAAAACUCUUGCUCUGGUUUGCCAACAUAAACUACAUACUAACCUGAAAAAGAAGUUUCAGUGUUUGUUUGAAGGGACUGCCAAAGCAGGACACACAACAGUUCUGAAUCAGGUCUUCACAGAGCUCAACAUCACACAGGGAGACAGAAGAGGGGUCAGUUAUCAACAUGAGGUCAGAGAGAUAGAAGCAGUGUCUCAAAAACCAUCAAAUUCAGAAACAACAAUCAUAAGUGAGAAUAUGUUUAAACCCCCACCUGGAAGAGAUGAACCAGUUAGGACGGUGAUAACAAAGGGAAUGGCUGGGAUUGGGAAGACAGUCUUAACGCAGAAGUUCAUCCUGGAUUGGGCUGAUGACAAAGCCAACAAAAAUAUAGAGUUUCUCUUUCCAUUCACUUUCCGAGAGCUAAAUGUGCUGAAAGAGAAAAUGUUCAGCUUGGUGGGACUUCUACAUCACUUCUUUACUGAAACCAAAGAAGCAGGAAUCUGCAGGUUUGAAGACUUCCAGGUUGUCUUCAUCUUCGAUGGUCUGGAUGAGUGUCGACUUCCUUUGGACUUCCACAACAAUGAGAUUGUGACUGAUGUUACAGAGUCCACCUCAGUGGAUGUACUGCUUACAAACCUCAUCAGUGGGAAGCUUCUUCCCUCUGCUCGCAUCUGGAUAACAACACGACCCGCAGCAGCCAAUCAGAUCCCUCCUGAGUAUGUUGGCAUGGUGACAGAGGUCAGAGGGUUCAAUGACCUGCAGAAGGAGAGGUACUUCAGGAAAAGAUUCAGAGAUGAGGAUCAGGCCAGCAGCAUCGUCUCCCACAUGGAGACAUCACGAAGCCUCCACACCAUGUGCCGCAUCCCAGUCUUCUGCUGGAUUACUGCUACAGUUCUGGAGGAUGUGCUGAAAGUCACAGAGAGAGCAGAGCUGCCCAAAACCCUGACUGAGAUGUACAUCCACUUCCUGGUGGUUCAGACCAAACAAGAAAAUGUAAAAUAUCAUGGCAGAGCUUCAAAAUAUUCAGUCUGGAACAAAAAGACCAAGAAGAUGAUUCACGCGCUGGGAAAACUGGCUUUUGUCCAGCUUGAGAAAGGAAACCUGAUCUUCUAUGAAGACGACCUUAAAGAGUGUGGUGUUGACAUAAAAGCAGCCUCAGUCUUCUCAGGACUAUUCACACAGUUCUUCAUUGAUGAGCGUGGGCUGAACCAGGACAGGGCAUUCUGCUUUGUCCAUCUGAGUGUUCAGGAGUUUCUGGCAGCACUCUAUGUCCUUCAGACAUUCAUCAAUACUGGCAACGAUCUACUGAAAAGAAGCUUAGCCUCUAGAUCCAAAUAUUUCUAUCAGUGGGCUGUUGACAAGGCUUUACAGAGUCCAAAUGGACACCUGGACCUGUUUGUCCGCUUCCUCCUGGGCCUUUCAGUGGAGACCAAUCAGAGUCUCCUACGAGGCUUGCUGAAAAAGACUGAAAGUAAAACAGAGGUCAAAGAGAUGCUUGUGCAACACAUCAAGAAGAGGAUUAAGGACAAUCUCUCUCCAGAGAGAAGCAUCAAUCUCUUUCACUGUCUGAAUGAGUUGAACAACCAUUCUCUGGUGGAGGAGAUCCAAGAGUACCUGAGAUCAGGAAAUCUCUCUGAAAACAAACUCUCUCCUUCUCAGUGGUCAGCACUCGUCUUCAUCUUACUGUCAUCACAAAAAGAUCUAGAUGUGUUUGACCUGAAGAAAUUCUCUGCUUCAGAGGAGGGUCUUCUGAGGCUGCUGCCAGUAGUCAAAGCCUCUAAAACUUCUCUGCUGGGUGGCUGUAAGCUCACAUGGAGAAGCUGUGAAGCUUUGGCCUCGGUUUUCACCUCCAAGAACUCUAAUCUGAGAGAGCUGGAUCUGAGCAACAAUGACCUGGAGGACACAGGAGUAAAGCUACUCUCAGCUGGACUAAGUAGUCCAAGCUGUAGAUUAGAGAUUCUUGGUUUGUCAGGCUGUCUGGUCACAGGGGAAGGCUGUAAUUCUCUGGCUGUAGCUCUGAGCUCCAACCCUUUUCAUCUGAGAAAGCUGGACCUGAGCUUCAAUCACCCAGGAGACACAGGAAUGAAAGUGCUGUCUGCUGGACUCAAUGACCCACGAUGGAAACUGGACACUCUCAAGUAG